CGCUUUGCCGGCUAGCCAUAAAUAUAGCUGCCUCUGAAUGUCUCUCCAUCAUUUGACAACAACAUGUCCAAGUUGGAUAUGGAUACGCCGGAAUUCUCAGCUAACGAGCAGGAAUUAAUCGACAAAGAGUUUACGAGACUUGAAAGAAACCAGAGCACCUACCUCGAUCAUGCUGGCACCACCCUGUACGCUGAGAGUCAAGUGGCCCAUGCAGCUGUUCAACUGCAUCAUGAUGUGAUCUCUAAUCCGCAUACCAGUCGCUCCACCGGAGACUAUGUGGAUCAAGUCCGUUUCAAAAUUCUAGAAUUUUUCCAUACCCAAGCUGAGGAUUAUCAGGUCAUCUUUACGGCUAAUGCUUCGGCUGCUCUGCGUUUAGUGGCAGAGCAUUUUGAUUUCGGGGACAAGGGUAAUUUUCAUUAUUGCCAGGAGAAUCAUACCUCAGUUCUGGGAAUGAGGCAAAUGAUCCAAGCUAAUGGCACAUACAUGCUCCGACGAGAGGAGCUUAGUGAAUUGAGAGAAGGUCAUCGGGUCCGUCGGGUUAUGGCUAACGGAUCAUCUAGCACUGGCAAUUCGCUGGUGGUUUUCUCCGCCCAAUGCAAUUUCAGUGGCUAUAAAAUGCCUCUGGAAACAAUUCAACUAAUACAAGAUGAUGGCUUACCUCAUUUUGGAAAGCUUAUUGCCGGUCAGGAGGACAAAGAAACCAAUGGUACUGCAUAUAACUAUUAUGUUUGCCUCGAUGCUGCCUCAUAUGCGGCCACAAAUCCCUUGGACUUGCAAAAAUAUAAACCCGAUUUCGUUUGCCUAAGUUUCUAUAAGAUUUUUGGUUAUCCCACUGGAGUGGGUGCCCUAUUGGUUAGUCGUCGUGGUGCAGAGCUAUUGAGUAGACCGCGUCAAUUUUAUGGUGGUGGCACCAUUAACUAUGCCUAUGCCCAUGCCAUGGACUACAAGCUGAGGAAUACAUCACUUCAUGAGCGUUUUGAAGAUGGCACUCUGCCAUUUUUGUCCAUUGUCGAGUUACUUGAGGGUUUUCGCAGUUUGGAGAGAUUAAUACCGACCAACAGUAAUACUGGAAUCUCAACCAUGGACCGAGUUUCACGGCAUGUCUUUACUUUGGCCAGGUAUUUGGAGAAUCAACUGAAGCAACUGAAAUAUGCGAAUGGCCAACCACUGAUACAGUUCUACAAUCAUCAGGGCUAUGAGCAGCGCAGCCGACAAGGUGGAAUCGUGGCCUUCAAUGUUCGCACCGAAUCUGGUGGUUAUGUUGGAUUCGCUGAAAUAGCCUGCGUUGCCUCGUUACAUGGCAUAUUGCUGCGUACCGGAUGCUUUUGCAAUGUGGGAGCCUGUCAACGUUAUCUUCAGCUGGACGAUCAAAUGAUGGAUGUAAUUUAUAAACGAUCCGGACGCAUUUGUGGUGACUACAAUGAUCUUAUCGAUGGCCAGCCCACUGGAGCUGUUCGCGUCUCCUUUGGUUACAUGACUCGCACUUCGGAUGUACGGAAAUUAGUGGAAAUGCUAGAGAAAAGUUAUCUAUCAUCUCGAUCACCAGAACGUUGGCGUUUCAUCGAGAAGCAGGCAUCUCAGUUACCAAAAGCAUUGCAACAACGGGCUCAAAGCCUUCGACCGCGCCUUUUGGAGCUGGCCAUCUUUCCUGUGAAAUCAUGUGCCGCUCUCAAGGCCAAAAAGUGGCCACUUACCGCACAGGGUCUGAAAUAUGAUCGCGAAUGGAUGAUAGUGGAUAGAAAUGGCUUAGCCUUGACCCAGAAACGUUGCACGGAUCUUUGCCUUAUUCAACCGAGCAUUGACAAGGAUAAUCUUAUACUAAUGUUCAAUGGUGAUACCAAUUCCUCCAUCUCAUUGCCAUUAUUCCUGUCGGACGACGAUUUACAAGCGGCCGCCCGUUGCCGAAGCAAAAUUUGCCGUCAACCUAUAGAGGGUUCUGAUUGUGGCGAUCAGGUAGCCCAAUGGCUUGACCAGAAUUUGGGCUUAGAUGGUCUACGUCUUUUGCGUCAAUCUACACAGCGCAGCUCGAGCUCGCAUCAAUUGAGUCUUGUGAAUCAGGCCCAGUUUUUAUUGGUAAAUCGCUCAUCUGUACGUUCCCUGCAAUUUGAGGAGCCACUGGAUGAGACAGUCGAUCGGUUUCGAGCCAAUUUGAUCAUCGAUACGGGUGCACCGUUUGAUGAAUUGGAUUAUACUAGCCUAAGCAUUGGUCGCAUUCAUUUUAAAGUCGAGGGUCCUUGCCAGCGUUGUGAUAUGAUUUGCAUUAAUCAACGAACCGGAGAAAGAUCACCGGAAACCCUUACUACCAUAUCACGCCUGCAAAAAGGAAAAAUGCGUUUUGGCAUCUAUAUAACAAGAUUGACAGAUAAAGAGGACAAUGCAGAGCUCAAUGAAGAAUAUCAUUUAAUCUGCGGUGAAACUUUGGAAGUUGAUUAACCAUAUUCAAUGAAUAGCUAUAGUUUCAAUUAAAAAAAAAAUAUUUUGUAAAUCUUUAAAAUAAUGGCAAAAAUCUAACAACAAUUAAUACAUAUAACAUUUUUCAGAGGAAAACUUCAAAUUUGUAAAUGGUCUGAGUUUUAGUUUACGUUUACAUAUUGCCAGUGUCUUAUAUAAGUAUUUAUGUUUUUUGACUUGCUGUUAUUUAGAUAUAUAAUGCAUUUGAUGUAGAACAUAUUUGUUAUGUUUCUAAUAAACAAAAAAAUUUGUCAACACAA